AAUUAACAUAAGUCCAUUCUUUGUUGGCCUUGGGGAUGUGCUAGGCUUUGAACUAGAAAUCUGUGAAGAAUAUUUCAGUACAAAAAUAGUAUCUACGGGCAGCUUUGAGUAAACCUGGACAUUGCUGCGAUAUGUUAUUUAACUUGCAUCAGAAGGAAAAAUAAGAACUGUGCUAGUUGGAGAAAAUAUAUAUGUUAUAUAGGACGAUAGCAACCACAAUGUUGCAGUAUUAGAGAUUAACAGAAAAUAAAAUAUCACUUAGUAGUUUGAUAGUAACAGAGAGGAAACAAUGGCGGAUUUGUCUAAUUGGCUUAAUACUGUCACUAAAAUGAUGACACCCAAUGCAAAGAAAGGGAACAAUGACUUAGAUGACUUGGAAAUGCAAGUAGUUCGGUACAAGCCUGAAGGCCUGGACCAACUAUGUAAAACAACAAAAUUUACCAAAAAAGAGCUUCAGAUCAUGUACCGAGGAUUUAAACAAGAGUGUCCUACAGGCAUGGUUAGCGAAGACAAGUUUAAGGACAUAUUUGCUCAAUUCUUCUCGCUUGGCGAUUCAAGUUCUUAUGCACACUAUGUGUUUAAUACAUUCGACCAGGAGCACAAAGGUUCAAUCACAUUUGAGGAAUUUGUGGUAGGGUUGUCCAUUCUCUCUCGUGGUUCCAUACAUGACAAACUACAAUGGGCAUUCAGGCUGUAUGACAUAAAUGGAGAUGGCAUUGUAACAAAAGAUGAAAUGGUUGAUAUUGUGUCUGCUAUAUAUGACAUGAUGGGGCGGUAUGCAGAGCCUUCAGUUGAGGAAACGACAGCAAGAGAUCAUGUGGAAAAUAUAUUUGAAAAAAUGGAUCUUAACCAAGAUGGGGUAAUCUCAAUAGAUGAAUUCAUGGAUACUUGUAGGAAGGAUGAAGUUAUCAGUAAAUCAAUGACAAUGUUUGACACAGUAUUGUGAUGUCACAUAAUGACUCAUGAUGCCAUCUGACAUUAAUGGACCUCUUCCACAUUGCAUCUGGUAUACCUUAUGCAGUCAGUACAAAUUGAUGGAGAUAUCCAAAUGACCAUCACAUGUCUACAUUGAUAUAUGAGACAUGAUUUAUUGACCACAGUGAAUAUGAUUUACCAUUUAGAAUAUGGACAUCAAACAUUGUAACAGCGUUAUGUCAUGAAGUAUAAGCUGAGAUAUCAGAAU